UGUAAACAAAACGACUAAAACGAACAGCAACAUCUCACGGUCUCCAACUUUCUGCAAUUUUUAUAAUUUUUCUGUACGCAUUCUAACAGAAACGUACUUACAUGACGAGCGAAAGUUUAGGCGAAAUUGAGUUCUGGCUGGACGCGGAAAAUCAAGAGAACUCGGUCGUCGGAGUCUUCUCCAGGAUUGUCCACAGGAAUCAAAAUCCUGUAGAAAUACCGGAAACACUUUAUUCGAGCGCGGUUGUUAAUGAAGAAGAAAUAAUUAUCAAGCAAGUGAGUGAAAACUUGAACGAAAUGUCUCUUCAGCCAGGAGACGUUCAGGUGGAAGACCUGAAAGACGAAGUUGUCUCCCAGCUAGAAACUGAGCCGGAAAUAGAGGAUGUUCCAAAAGAGAGCGUUUUUGAAGAGAAAAUCAUAGUUCCUAUGAUCCCUGGGCCUGUGAAAGAACAGAGGAAGGCGCAGAAAAGGAGUGUCAGAAUUUUAAACUCUACUGGGCUAAUGGUUGAGACCUUGAGGAUGUUCGAAGCAAUCAGACAGGCAGAGGAGGAAUAUUGCUCUUCGUCUUCCUCGGGUGAAGAAGAAGAAGAGGUCAAGGAGUCUAAAAAGAAAGACUUGCCUGCAGGUGAAGAGACAAAUGAAAAGCCGAUAGAGGAAAAAAUUCACAAAAGACCCAUUGAAGUCGACACCUCAUCAACCUCUACCGCAGAAAGUUUGCAGAAGAGGAGGCCCAGGCAAGGGGUAAUCAAUAGAGUACAAAACUUCCUUAACCUGACCGGCUGUUCGUACGACGCCAGCAGUGGUAGCGAAUUCGAUUUCGAGAAUGCCGACGUGUACUACCUAAAGAAAAACAUCAAAGCUCAAAACAAUGCUCUCAAAAUUCAUCCUGCCACUGUUAAUUUAGACCCCUUCAAACCGGUGGAAAUGUCGGUCUUUGACUCGUCGACCAAUGAGGAAACUCGGGAGGUGCCAGAAAAAUUGGAGAAAAAGAAGAGGAAUUUAAAACAUUCAAGGAAAAUUCUGCCAGAGGAAGUUCAAUCGGCGCACAUGCACAAGUACUGGGCCAAGAGGUACCAGUUGUUUUCCAGAUUUGACGAAGGAAUUCGUCUCGACGAAGAGUCGUGGUUUUCUGUGACUCCGGAAGAAAUUGCCAAGCACAUUGCUGAGAGGUGCCAAAGCGAUGUGAUCGUCGACGGAUUUUGUGGUGCGGGAGGAAAUUCGAUCCAGUUUGCUUUGACAUGUGAAAGAGUCAUUGCCAUUGACAUCGACCCUGAGAAAAUCAAACUGGCCGCCCACAAUGCUCAAGUUUAUGGAGUUUUGGACCGAAUCGAGUUCAUCUGCGGAGACUUUUUCAAAAUAGCACCUUUGCUGAAAGCAGACGUUAUUUUCCUCAGCCCCCCCUGGGGUGGACCCAAUUAUUUAAAUAAAAAGGUUUUCAAUCUAGAAGACUUAAGUUGUAUGGACGGCAAAGAUCUUUACAAAACUGCAAGGCGAGUGAGCGAAAAUGUGGUCAUGUACCUCCCCCGCAACACAAACACACAACAGAUGCUGAGCCUGGCUGGUCCUGGAAGCUAUGUUGAAAUCGAGCAGAGUGUUCUGAGGAAAAAAGUUGUUGCAAUCACAGUAUACUUUGGUGAACUUGUGAAUGCUUCCGAGUGACGUUUUUUAAUUGUGGACAGUGGAAUAGAAUAUAUUAACAUACACUAACAAACUUUUUAAUAAAUUAUUAUUUGUACUUGAUACUUAUAAAA